UUGGCUGGAUUUUCCUCCCUCUUGGUGACCCUCUCGGUGGUGCGUUCGUUUGACCUCUUGGCUGAACAGCUGUUUGAAGCAGGGGCUGCGUUUGUGGUGUUCAUCGUAAUUGAAAAGUGAAGGCGAGAGAGAAAGAGAGCAACACAAAAAAUUAGUUAAACAGUGCUGCCAGUGUAAUUGAAAGUCACGCCAUUUGAUAAAACACAGCGUUUGCACACGCGAAUCAGAUCACAAAUCGAGUCAACUCCACGUGGCUUUCGUGUGGAAAAACCAAGAUGGCCAAGAGUUGAAAUUACAGGCACAAAAAGUGCCUCCGUGGUGUGAGUGUUCGCUGCUACACGUGGCGUGAAAUCGUGCAGUGAAGUGGAAAAGUUGGGUUGAUUGCCGCGACACGUGGUGCAGGAGGAAGCUGACAGCAGCCCUGUCAGAGGAAGCGGAAAUUCGCGCGCCGGGCAAACACACCUAACACACACACACUCGCCAUGGAAUUGAGGAUUGCACCGGUGAUUAGAUUUGUCACGAUAGUAACCGCACUGCUGAAGCUGACCGUGGUUAGCUGUGUGCCCAUGAAAUAUGAGAUCGGCUACCGGAACAGUAUCGAUCUGGACGCGGAACAGACCGAGGCUCGGUACGACCAGGGCAUGCUGUCGGACAUCAUGAACGACGACCGGGUCGAGCUGCAGAAGGCGGAAAGCUGCGUGGCAGACAACUUCAAGUACGACCAUGGACAGAAGAUCCAGCGGUACGACCCGUGCGAAAUUUGUCUCUGCAUCGACGGAGAGAUCUUCUGCUGGUGGAAACAGUGCGACGUGCCAACAAAGCCCGAACUAAGCGGAAAUCCUGCGGCCGUCAUCGACACGACCAACCGACUGCAGCUGACCAAUCCAUCGUCUACAACUUCAACGACGACGACGCCAUCGCCAUCGCCCCUUCCAUCGUCCGACGUCCUGUCACAACUAUCGCCGGCCCAAUCCGGUUCAUCGUCAACGACCACCACCGUCACUUUAUCAGCGAUAUCAUCAACGACGACCACCGGUUCAGUGACGCCAGAGCCUUCCCAGGCGGCAGUGCUGCCAUCGUCGUCACCGGACGAUGCUGGUGGCACGGCGGCCGUCAGAAUAUUGCAUCCGCCACCACCGGAAAGCAUCCCGCAGAACAUUCUGUCAUUCCCGCAGACACCGCCCAUCAUGAUGUAUCGGCCAGUGGUGCCAGCGAUUAAAAACGGAACCAGUGCUGCCAUCCCACUGCUCGCGGGUGAACAGCGGAACAAACAUCGGCCGCUGAAAAAGGUCAACCCGUUCCACGGUGGCAAAAAGCCCUACCGGAAGACACCGCAAAAGAGCAGCAAAGAUUACGCGAUAAACUUUGGCCAGAUUGAUGGGAGCACUGGCAAGAUGGCGUCGGUGGCUGUGGUGGCGCCCCCGUCGAUGACCGAACGGAUUACUUCCGGGCCGCCGGUCAGUUUUGACGAAGUGGCAGGCCGGUUAACCGUCGGCGACCGGAACGAUGGUCAGGAGGCCUGGCGCCGGAAGCAGCAGGAAGAGGAGGAUGAAGAUGGCGAAGAUGACGAUGAGGAGGACGAGGAUGACGAAGAAGAUGAAGAUGGCAGUGCGGAAGCGGAACUGCGAGGCCAGAUUUAUGACGGUGGAUCGCGAAGUGGUCGCGUGGAUGGAAGCAGAGCCGGAAGUAAAGGCGAUUCCGACAACGGCGGUGGCCAGUUCGGUGGCUAUGGCUACGGCAUGUUCAAAGAGCCGGACGAGGACAAACAGCCGCCCCAGCACUACAUCAUCACUUCGUCGGGCCACGUGGAAAUGUUUGACGACGACGCCGACGGCAGCAUGGAGGCCACGGAGAACGCCUUCGGGCUGAAUCGAUUCCCGGUGGCAGGCAGCACAACUGGCCAACCCGUGGUUACGGGCGCGCUCGCCUUCGGUGAAGGGGCCAUCGCGGGCGGUCAACCGGCGGUUCCACCGUUGAUCACGAUGACAACCAACGUGACACAGAACUGGAAUUAUUCCGGUCAACAGCAGGAUGGCACUUCCGGUCAGGGACCGCCCCCGUUGACCCCGUACGCGGGGUCCGUCAUUGACGUGCUCAACUCGACGACGAUGGAUGGCGUUGGGGGUGUAGGUGGCGGUCUGGACUAUCUGGACGACAAUCAGACCGAGCUGAUUUAUCCGGCCGUGCCGGGGCUGACCGGGGGAAGUGAAGGGGACAGUGGCAGCAACAGUAGGAGGGGUGGUGGUUCUGACAGGCAGACAGCACCGGUGACGGUGACGACGACGACGACCGGUGUUACCGGGGCCAGUGACUCGUCGAUGACCACGUCGGCGAGUAGUGGCGGGAGGAUGGUGGAGAAGCAGGAGAAGCACUGCGUUGUGAUGGGUGUUUCGUACAAGGUGGGCUCGGUGUUGAAGCAGGAAACCGGCAACUGCCUGCACUGCGUCUGUGUGGCCGGUCCGGAGAAUGAUCCGGUGCCCCGGGUAACCUGCACGCCGCUCAACUGUCCACCGCUCAUCCUGCCCGACAUUCUGGACGGUGCGGGCUUCUAAGAAGAAUCCCACAUCUUCCCAAA